AUGAACGGCAGUAAGAUCUUGUCCAUGGAAAUAUGCGGACUGAAAUUCAUCGACUCCUAUAGUUUCUUACCAUUUGCAUUAGCCCAGAUGCCCUCCGCUUUCGGAUUCGACGAAUUGAAGAAAGGCUAUUUCCCCCACUUUUUUCAUACGGAACAGAACCAGAAUUACGUAGGACCUUAUCCACCGGCAGCUUUCUACAAACCGCACGAAAUGUCUAACAGUGGACGACGGGCUUUUUUUGAAUGGUACGAACAACAGAGGGGGAAAGUGUUGGAUUUCCAGAAAGAGUUUGUAGAGUAUUGUGUCUCGGACGUCGACAUUUCACACCGAUGCUGUGCAAAGUUUAGAACCACCCUCAAGACUUUGGUCAAUGUGGACCCUUUCCAGGAAUCCAUCACUUUUGCCAGUGCUGCUAAUUUAGCCUACCGUCGACAAUUCAUGCCUGAAGACACCAUUGCCAUCAUUCCUAACCUUCAUUAUCAACCGGCACGACAAUAUUCGGCUAAAGCCUGUCGGUGGCUCACCUGGAUGAGUCAACAGAGUGGAUGUCACAUACAACAUGCCAGAAACGGGGGCGAAGUCCAGAUCAGAAAUUAUACCGUCGACGGAUACCAGGAAGCGACUCGCACCGUCUACGAAUUUUACGGGUGCUAUUGGCACGGAUGUCCCACCUGCUAUCCCAGUUUACAGACCGAAACUCAUCCUCAUCGGACCCAAUUUACUUACCAGCAAUUACACGAAGAAACCAUCAGAAGGACUUUGACUUUGGAGGAUAUGGGGUAUACCGUCCGUAGUAUCUGGGAGCACGAUUUCGAUCAGCAAGUGCAAAAAGAUGCGAGUUUACAACAUUUUGUACGAGACCUGGACAUUCCGGAUCCUUUGAAACCUCGAGAAGCCCUGUACGGAGGCCGGACCAAUGCCACCCGAUUAUAUUGUGAGGAAGGGGACACGAGAUACGUGGACGUUUGUUCCCUAUACCCUUACGUGUUAAAACACAGACCUUUUCCCGUAGGGCAUCCCGAGAUCAUCACAGACGAGUUCCAGGACGUGAGAAAUUAUUUAGGUCUCAUUCACUGUCGGGUCUUACCUCCCCGAGACCUCUAUCACCCCGUAUUACCUUAUCGGACGGGAGGCAAGUUAUUAUUUCCCUUAUGUCGCACGUGUGCCGAACGACAGGACUCUACUUCUCAAGAUCGAUGUCAACACACCGACCAGGAACGCAGUCUCACGGGUACUUGGGUGACGACCGAAUUACAUAAAGCCCUAGACAUGGGAUAUACCUUAGAUCGAAUCUACGAAGUGUGGCAUUUUAAAGAAAGCAGUCAAGAGUUAUUUGGAGUUACAUGUAAAACAUUGUGUUAA